UGCGAGGCGGCCUGCAGCCGCGUGGGCCUCAUGGCGUGCGGCGAGUUGAAGGCGCUGGGCAGCAUGCAGCAGAUGCGCGCCACGUUCGCCAAGGGGGGCUGCACGCUCACGUUCGCCCUGCGCGAGAGAAUCACCCCGUACGUGGUCGACAGCGUCGACAAGGCCGUGGCGCACGUGUUUCCGGGAGCCAGGCAGGCCGACUGCCGCGAGGGCAUUUUUUUGUACUUCAUACAGUACAGGCUCCCUUGGAGCCACGUGUUUUCGCGCAUCGGCAAGCUCCGCCAAUGGUUCCGACUCGAAUCGGUGCUGGUAGUCGAGAGUUCGCUGGACGAGCUGUUCUUGGGCAUGGCCCGAGCCGAAAUGGCUGAGGACGCAGCCGUGGCCAAGCAGGCGGCGAAGGACGCGUCUUACGGAGACUUUGCCGGUGACCCGUGGGGCCGCGAGCCCAAGGAGCAUUACAGGCCUCGGCAGAGAGUACGAGAAGCCCGCAAGGUGAAGCAGCGCACCACCCUCAAGCCCACGACGACCUAUCAGAGCGGCUCUUGAGGGCGUCGUCCACUUGCACGGCCGUCGGGGGGAGAUUUAUCUUUGAUGUGUCUGCUACUUUUCUUCCUGUUUAGACAAUUGCACUUUCAGUUUGCCUACGUCACUGCAUUUCAGUGUGUUGAACAAUAUUUGAAAAUUGUGCAGCUCUAAUUUUCCGUAAAUUGGCCGUGCACACCUCACCGAACACUGCCAUGCGCUGUUGGAAGAAGCAAUCUCGUUCUGUUCAAGAAAGGGCAACGACAAUUCUGCCAUACCGCUGCAGCCAGGACCUUGUAUGACUUUUUGCGUUUAAUAGAAGUGAGAGGGAAAACGCUGCGUUUGGUCCAACGCCAUAUUUCAACAGCAUGCACAAUAUUUU